AUCAGGAGCGGAUAGGGAAGGACUCCAACUACGAGCAAGAGGGGAAGGUGCAGUUUGUGAUCGAUGCAGUUUAUUCCAUGGCCCACGCGUUGCACAACAUGCACAGGGAGCUCUGUCCAGGGAAGGUGGGCCUUUGCUCCAGGAUGGACCCCAUCAACGGCACUCUGCUGCUCAAACACAUCCGCCUGCUCAACUUUGCAGGUCAGACACAUCCACACGGUUAUAUGUACAGCAUGUACAUCACACUCACACAGGGCACCCAGACAUGAACACACACCACCUCACUAUUUCAUCAGAUGGUUUUUGUUUUUUUUAAUGAUUAUUUCAUCGAUUUAAUUAAUCAAGUGAGAUUAAUUACACGAUGUGAAAUAUUUACACAAGAUUGAAGACAUCUCUAAACGGAGAGGAGGAGAGGAGAGGAAGAGACUAAAAACCUAAAAAAAAACUUCAGAGUAACACGUUUUCAAGAGAGGGCCUCUUGAACAAAUAGAGGAAAUAUCUUUCUGGGUAUUACAGAGAUUAGUUUCAAAUGGAUUCAAUGGAGAGAAAACAAUGCUGCUCGCUGGAAAACCUAGAAAACCCCUUGAAGGGGGCAGUCCCUUAAAAGACAAACUCCUGGUAAUGGUUUUGGGAUCAAUGUUUGGCAAAACAUCUAAGAAAACUCUAUUAUUGAUUACAUUUAUUACAAAAGACGCAAUGGUGUAUGUGAGAAACACGUAUCUCCUAAGGGGGAGAAAUCAAAGCAGCAACUGCAUGUGUUUCCCUGGCUUAUUUGAAGACACCAUCAAGGGGAACUACACUAACUACACCAACUACACCAUCAACUAGAUCAGUUGUAACAGGUACCCCAAUCUGGAUGUAGACGCUGUGCCACACAAGUGGGUUGCUUCUUGGUUACAUCAGCAGCAGCACACAUCAGUAUGUUUAACAUGGACACCCAACCCACUGGGGCUAUGGGAAUAGCAGACUGGAGGGUCAUUUAUCAAAGAUAAUAUUUAUCUCCUUCUCACCAGAUAAGUAAAUUACUCACCAGAAAACACACAAAGAAUACAUUUCAUUUUUUUCGCCUGGAAACAAAAAUCAUAUGACAGAUGGGUCAGAGCAGUUUAAAUAGCUUUUUGUUUCACUUGCAAUGAAUCAUUCCAGAGGCCACAGCCAGUGCUGUUUGUUGUUGUCGUUGGGUUCAGGGUCUCCGCUGAGAUUGAAUUACAUUUUACAUUUUAGUCAUUUAGCAGACGCUCUUAUCCAGAGCGACUUACAUCAGCAAUUAGGGUUAAGUGCCUUGCUUAAGGGCACAUCGAUAGAUUUUUCACAUUACAACCCAGUCUCAGUUUUAACCGCAGAGGGUCUGAUGUGUCAUUCCUCUUAUACACUAUUAUGUUUUAAGCAUCCAGGAUAAUGUGCAAAUGACAAAAAGGUCAAACGUCAACAGCCUCCCAAAAGCAAAGCAUUGUGGUACUGUAAUUACUCAUAGUGAGGUGGCCAUAUCUCUGGCAGGCUGACAAUCAUCAACAAUCUUAUCUAGGAUAUUGGUGGACUGCCUCUGUGGACUAUCUCUACAUCUCUACUCUCACAGCAUCAGAGAGAACCCCUCUUUGUUCAAGUGUGAGGACGCUUAUUCUUCUGUCAUUUCAAAAAGUAUGUACUAAGUAGGUUCUUUGAUGUCUUGCUCUGCGUCUUCUCAUAUAAACCACAAGCAGUAUGGCAGUGGUACUGACCUGGCAUAGAUAUUUGUAAUAGUUGGUAGAAAGUAUUUUUCAAUUAUACAAAAUCCAAUAGUGUUGAUGUCAGCCACUCAGUUCUAAGACAGAGGAGGGCAUAUUUCUAUAAAUCAUUAACCUUCAUGCUUUACCCUUCCCAAUGUAUCAUUAACCUUCAUGCUUUACCCUUCCCAAUGUAUCAUUAACCUUCAUGCUUUACCCUUCCAAAUGUAUCAUUAACCUUCAUGCUUUACCCUUCCCAAUGUAUCAUUAACCUUCAUUCUUUACCCUUCAAAAUGUAUCAUUAACCUUCAUGAUUUACCCUUCCCAAUGUAUUAUUAACCUUCAUGCUUUACCCUUCCCAAUGUAUCAUUAACCUUCAUGCUUUACCCUUCCCAAUGUAUCAUUAACCUUCAUGCUUUACCCUUCCCAAUGUAUCAUUAACCUUCAUGCUUUACCCUUCCCAAUGUAUCAUUAACCUUCAUGCUUUACCCUUCCCAAUGUAUCAUUAAACUUCACGCUUUACCCUACCCAAUGUAUCAUUAACCUUCAUGCUUUACCCUUCCCAAUGUAUCAUUAACCUUCAUGAUUUACCCUACCCAAUGUAUCAUUAACCUUCAUGCUUUACCCUUCCCAAUGUAUCAUUAACCUUCAUGCUUUACCCUUCCCAAUGUAUCAUUAACCUCCAUGCUUUACCCUUCCCAAUGUAUCAUUAACCUUCAUGCUUUACCCUUCCCAAUGUAUCAUUAACCGUCAUGCUUUACACUUCCCUUUGUAUCUUCUGAUACUUCUUUAUCUAUUCUAAAGCCUCCACUUCUCAAAUGUUUAAUUUUGGCUCGCUCAGCAGCCAUCAAUGUCUCAACAUACAAAGCAGAGGUAUCAAACAGUUUCCAACCUCACUCUAGCCCCUGGUCCCAACCCCUCCCAGCACUUCCUUCCAUCUCCUGCCCACUUCUUCCUUUGAUGCUCCAAAGACUUGCUUGAAACAUCAAUGGGCUGAGAUUGAAUGAAGCUCCCCAUCAGUGUUCUGAGUCUGCUGCUAUCACGUCUGAGAAACAUUGUUUUAUUAUUUUACCUCUACUGCAGACAGAAUGCAGUGGGCCUUUCGACUGUCAGUCUCCACAGACACUGCAGUUAUGACUAUGGAACAAAGGCAAAGCACUGUGGGUUUUUCCCUCUCAGCGUGCUUCUUUCUCCCUCUUCUCAGGGAACUACCAAUUCUUCAUUGUUGUGUGACUCAGAUGCUGCCAAUUGAAAUUGAAAAAAAAUAAAAAAUAAUCUGCAUGCCAUAGAACUGUCAGAUUAUUAUUUAUUUUUUUACAGGAACUUGAAGAACAAGGCUUCACGUCAGUUAAGGCAUAGAAUAAAGACAGCCUCACAUACAGUAUCGAAGUCAGCCAAUGGCUUUAUACUAAACAAACUGUACAUAUAUCACUGGCUUAUAAUUACAAACGGGGAAACACAAAAUUAAAUUGUAGUUUUAAACAUUUUAAUCUGAACUAGUUCCUACCUCAUAUUUUUCUAAAUUACAUAGCAAGGUAAAUUAAAUACUGUAUCUGUGAUGAGGUGGUGAUCAAGGAGUCAGGCGCAGGACGGUAAAUCACAGAAUAACAGGCUUUCAUCCGCAAAAUACAGGUUUACGCAGAAAUGCGUCAAACACACUCCAGGGCACAUAACAGGCGCACUGGAAAAUACAAGGCACACGGGAAAAAUACUCCCGUCGAUACAAAAUACACAAGCUCCACCGAGCUUCACUAACCUCCACAAUAAACAAUCACCCACACAGACAAGGAAGCAGAGGGAACACUUAUACAAUGACUAAUGAGGGGAUAAGGACCAGGUGUGUGUGAUUGAAGACAAGACAAAUGGAGUGAUGAUAAAUGGAUCGGCAGUAACUAGUAAGCCGGUGACGCCGAACGCCGAAACCUGCCCGAACAAGGAGGGGAGGCAGCUUUGGCAGAAGUUGUGACAGUACCACCCCGCCCCCCCUUGACGCGAGGCUCCAACAGCAUGCCGACCCCGGCCUCGGGGACGGCCAGGAGGACGCGGAGCAGGGUGAGCCGGAUGGCGACUGUGGAAAUACCGUAACAUGGAGGGAUCGAGGAUAUACCUCACCGGGACCCAGCACCGUUCCUCCGGACCGUACCCCUCGCACUCCACGAGGUACUGAAGGCCCCCCACCCGAAGCCUUGAAUCCAGGAUGGAACGGACAGAGUACGCUGGGGCCUCCUCGAUGUCCAGAGGACAUGGAGGGACCUCCCGCACCUCAGCCUCCUGGAGCGGACCAGCUACCACCGGCCUGAGGAGAGACACAUGAAACGAGGGGUCAUUUAGCGGACGCUCUUAUCCAGAGCUCAGGGGGGGAGUAAUAACCUAUAAGUGACCUCGUUGACUCUCCUCAGGAUUUUGAACGGCCCCACAAACCGCGGGCUCAGCUUCCGGCAGGGCAGGCGGAGGGGCAGAUUCCGGAUCAAGAGCCAGACCCGAUCCCCCGGUACAAAGACGGGGGCCUCACUGCGGUGGCGGUCAGCGUUGGACUUCUGACGACGCACGGCGCGUUGGAGGUGAACGUGGGCAGAAUCCCACGUCUCCUCCGCGCGCCGAAACCAGUCCUCCGCCGCAGGAGCCUCAGUCUGGCUCUGGUGCCACGGUGCCAGAACCGGUUGGUAACCUAGAAUACACUGGAAAGGCGUUAGGUUAGUGGAGGAGUGGCGGAGAGAGUUCUGGGCAUAUUCUGCCCAUGGCAAGAACACCAACCACUCCCCUGUCUGGUCCUGGCAGUAGGACCGCAGGAACCUACCCACAUCCUGAUUUACCCGUUCCACCUGCCCAUUACUCGCGGGGUGGAACCCAGAGGUCAGGCAGACCGAGACCCCCAGAUGUUCCAUGAACGCCUACCAGACCUUUGACGUGAACUGGGGACCUCGGUCCGACACUAUAUCCUCUGGUACCUUGUAGUGCCGGAGGACAUGUGUAAACAGGGCCGUGGGGGAGACCGGGGACGCAUCCACCUCCACCACGAACAGUAGUGAAGAAUCAGGGUGGGCCAGUACUGGGGCUGAGGUGAACAGACCCCGCAGUUUGCUGAAGGCCAGGUCAGCCUCAGCAGACCAGCGGAGCCGGGACGGCUCAUCCUUCAACAGGGAUCUGUCUAGUUUCUUCAUAAUCCUUAACUAAAUUCAUACAGUCUUUCCCUCUGUGGAUAUAGCUGGCUCUUGGACUGAAAUGUUUAACUGUGCCCUACUUGGUCAGAUAAUUCAUAAUGUGUUUGAAAAUGUGGCAAAUAUAGAGUGAUUGUUGACGAUAAUUGUAAUGCUAGGAUGAGUAUGAAUGUGUAUCAGCCUUCUCUUUCCUCAAUCACAUGCCAACAGAAUAGCGUGAUUUAACACAGCACACUAGAGUGCAUGGCAGUGCCGGUGUGAAACAUUAAGAAAACAGAGACAGAACAUAUUUUUUCCUUCGGUCCAUGAAUCCUCUGUUGAAAUAGUCUCUUAAUCUUCACGUAAAUUGCGGGUUGCAGGUAGCCUAGCGGUUAGAGUGUUGGGCUAGAACCGAAAGUUCUCUGGUUCGAAAACCCGAGCCGCCAAGGUGAAAAGUGUGUAGGUUUGCCCUUGAGCAAGGCACGUAACCCUAAUUGUCUUCAGGGGUGUCAUACUACUAUGGCUGAACCUGUAAAACAACAUACUUCACCUAUCCAGUGACAAUACAAAACUUUUUUUUGCGGCGUUGUUUGUUUACAUUAAAAUCACACAAGACUCACAUACUGUACCUCUAUCAAGUUUAAUCAUCUUAUUGUGUCUGUCUGAGCUCUCCAGAGAGAGACUCUACUAUAGUAUUCAAUCCAAUCACAAACUAUUCAUGUUUCUUGAUUGUACAAAUAAUGAGUGGUUGAAUCACGAGAGGCAAAUCAACCAUAAAAUACUAGGAAAAAUGCCCUGCUCAUUCACUGCUGAACUUGGAGGGUGAGUGAGUCUGCAGGCUAAAUGUGUGGAAGUGUGAGUGUGGCAAACGGCUCGGCUCGGAUCCUGAAUAGGAAAUGACUCGGAGGACAAUGGACUGCAUAAAGAGAAACUCUAAACAAUGUGCACAGAGUGCAUUCAAUUAUGUUUUCAUGACUGAAAAAUGGCUGCAUUUUUAAAGAUUGCUCUCAGGACCCUGUUUCUGUAGUCUAAAAUAUGCUUAAGGAAACUUCUGAAUAAAAGUUAUGAAAAUAUUUAGCUAAUUUCAUGUCUUCAGGGGUUUGCUGUGGUGACUGCAAGAGGAUAUAUAGAUGUAUGCUUAUGGUAUCAAACAAUGCCCUCAGCUUAGGCUCUGGUAUGGUAUAUUCUAGAGUGGUUCACUAUCACCCUGUCAGUCUGCUGUGAGGAUGCACCUUUCUGAUAAUCCGUUUUAAUUGGCCACAACUAGUACCAUGAGUUCUCCUUAUUAUAUAACUUAACUAGAGAAAACUCUACUCCCUAGCCAUAAUAUCACACCAAAAGCAUUUUAAAUGAAGCUCUGGAGAACAAUGAUACUGCAAAGUAAAAUACAACGCACGACAAGUGCUCUUAGCCUUAAGUCUGGACAGUAAUGUUUCUGACAUGCAUCUGAAGCCAAGUACUGUAGCCUGUCCCUAAAUCUGUGUGAUCUUUAGCCAGCUUCUCUUACUAUCGUUGUCAUGCCAUGUAUUUGUAUUUUUUAUUUAACCUUUAUUUAAUUCGGCAAGUCAGUUAAGAACAAAUUCUUAUUUUAAUGAAGGCCUACACCGGCCAAACCCGGACGACGCUGGACCAAUUGUGCGCCGCCCUAUGGGACUCCCAAUCACGGCCGGUUGUGAUACAGCCUGGAAUCGAACCAGGGUGUCUGUAGUGAUGCUUCAAGCACUGAGAUGCAGUGCCUUAGACCGCUGCGCCACUCGGGAGUAUGAAAAGACUGUAUGGCAACGGCAUGCCUCCAUGGCAACGAUAGUCCGAGGAGUUGGCUAAAACUCAUACAUAUAUGAGACCAUGCAUGCUAGAAGGCAUGCCAUGAACAUACAGUCCGUCUAGGGAACAGCCUGGGUAGGAAAUGCCAAUAAUCUCUGGGCCAACCUCAGAUUGGAGCAGCAAGCAUGACCAAAAGAUCGUAAACUGUUAAAUGUAAUUAGAUCUGCAGUGGCAGGCUGUGGUGCUGCAUUAGUGUCUGAAAGGACCAAUGUUGCGGUCAGGAUCCAUUUUCCUCUCACAGUGACAGCAUGGUGCCCAGUGCCAUGCGAGGGGCUACGGCCUCAAAGCCUUAAUAUGCCCUAAUACACAGCUCCAACUGGGCCAGUGGGAGAGCUAUGUGCCUUAUGAAAAAAAAAAAAUAAUUGACCAAUACUAUGAUUAAACUCCUGGAUACAAAUUAUUACACUCAUGGAGAGUGCGUUAUAAACAUAUCUCUUCUGCUGUAAUCCCUCUCAUCUGCUUAUUUUGCUGUGAGAUGUGGGCUGCGUUGUCACUGAGGCACGGCUGAGCACACAGUAAUGCCUUAAUCCAGAGGGGCUGGCUCAUCGAGAUGUGGAUUAGGCUGCUGCGCACGUCUUCCGCCCUACGCUAAACAAAGAGAAGGAAAAAGUACGCUCAUCAGCAGAAAUCCAAACUGCCGAGAUCAUCCACGCUUUCCCCCUUGUUUGUAAGAUGGGACACCCAUUGUGCUUGGGGAGACUUAUUGAUAAGCCCAGCAUUAAAAGAGAAAUGCCAGCACCUUACGCCUUUCAUCAGUGGAUGGCUGUGUGCUGCUGCAUGUUCAAACUUGGGUUUUAAAGUGGAAGUCGAUAGGGACUUACUCCUCUUUCCAUCCUCAGCAGAGAGCAGUGAUGCUAUACUUAAUAUCUUCAAGGGGCAUCUCAGGGAAGUAAAUGGUGUUGUGUAGUUUUAAUAAUUUACAAUAUCAUAAAGGAGCAUGUCGGGAAAAUAUGUUGUUGUGUAUUGUUUGUUGUUUAGUGGGGACUGUUUUGUUGAUGGUGAGAAUUUGCAGACAUUUGGCUGCUAAGUCAUAUGACAUACCAUUACUAUAGUUCGUAUUUCAAAACAUAUUGUGGAAAAACACCAACAAAGAAUUGCAGUGUGCGAUAACACUACACAGUAAUACUUUAUUCUAAAAGAAAAGCUGUUUCCCAAAAAUCCCCCCACAUGCAGUUCUCACUUAGAGAACGGAAGAAAACAUUUUAAUAGAUGACUGCAGAUAUGAUUUGACUAGGCAGAAACCCCUAGACAGAACAGACCAGAGAGAGAAUAUACAAUCAGCAUAUGUUACUUAUUCUCUCUUAUACUUACUUUGUUGAAUUGAAAAGUUGUAUUUUCAUAUUACAGUUUAUUUUGGUUAGCCGCAUACAUUUGCACAUUCCGCUUUGACUAUAUAUAUAUAUAUAUAUAUAACAAUUCAAACAAAUGCAUUGACACUCUCUCUCCUCUGUCCUUCAGGCAUAGCUGGCAACCCAGUGCUCUUCAAUGAGAACGGCGACGCCCCUGGUCGCUAUGAGAUUUACCAGUACCAGAUCAGAAACAGAACAGCCGAGUACAAAAUAAUCGGCCACUGGACCGAACAGCUCUAUCUGAACGUAAGGAUUUCUUUUUUAUAUAUUUAACACAGCAGAUACUGUACUAUAGUUAUACAGUGAGGGAAAAAAGUAUUUGAUCCCCUGCUGAUUUUGUACGUUUGCCCACUGACAAAGACACGAUCAGUCUAUAAUUUUAACAGAAAAAUCCAGAAAGAAAAUGUUAUAAAUUGAUUUGCAUUUUAAUGAGGGAAAUAAGUAUUUGACCCCUCUGCAAAACAUGACUUAGUACUUGGUGGCAAAACCCUUGUUGGCUAUCACAGAGGUCAGAUGUUUCUUGUAGUUGGCCACCAGGUUUGCACACAUCUCAGGAGGGAUUUGUCCUACUCCUCUUUGCAGAUCUUCUCCAAGUCAUUAAGGUUUCGAGGCUGACGUUUGGCAACUCGAACCUUCAGCUCCCUCCACAGAUUUCCAAUGGGAUUAAGGUCUGGAGACUGGCUAGGCCACUCCAGGACCUUAAUGUGCUUCUUCUUGAGCCACUCCUUUGUUGCCUUGGCCAUGUGUUUUGGGUCAUUGUCAUGCUGGAAUACCCAUCCACGACCCAUUUUCAAUGCCCUGGCUGAGGGAAGGAGGUUCUCACCCAAGAUUUGACGGUACAUGGCCCCGUCCAUCCUCCCUUUGAUGCGGUGAAGUUGUCCUGUCCCCUUAGCAGAAAAACACCCUCAAAGCAUAAUGUUUCCACCUCCAUGUUUGACGGUGGGGAUGGUGUUCUUGGGGUCAUAGGCAGCAUUCCUCCUCCUCCUCCAAACACGGCGAGUUGAGUUGAUGCCAAAGAGCUCGAUUUUGGUCUCAUCUGACCACAACACUUUCACUCAGUUCUCCUCUGAAUCAUUCAGAUGUUCAUUGCCAAACUUCAGACGGCCCUGUAUAUGUGCUUUCUUGAGCAGGGGGACCUUGCGGGCGCUGCACAAUUUCAGUCCUUCACGGCGUAGUGUGUUACCAAUUGUUUUCUUGGUGACUAAUGUCCCAGCUGCCUCUCACUGUUCAAAUAAACCUACCAUUACAAUGAUAGACUGAUCAUUUCUUUGUCAGUGGGCAAACAUACAAAAUCAGCAGGGGAUCAAAUACUUUUUUCCCCUCACUGUAUUAUCAGACAUAUCCCCUCCAAAUGACCUUUAUGUUUUUCACCAUUUGUUGUCUGUGGCUCUCCUCCUAAAGCAGCUUUGACAGGAUGUUGUCAUCUGUUGGUUAUACUGCAGUGCUUCCUUUGCUCAGUAAUUUCUCCUAAACCAUUAGCUACUGCUUUGGGCACACGUUUUCAACGGUGCAAACAUCCAGAGGGUGCUUUAAUGAUUAACAACACGGACUGGGAUGAAAAGAAACCAAUAAGAGCUUAAAAACAGACACAUUGCUAUAAUGACUUCAGACACCAAUCCACUGUCUUAGCAAAACAAUAUGGUGGAGUUGUGGACACAGGAGGUUACAAAGCUAUAACAAUUAAUUACAUGAUGCCGGCCCUGCAAAUAGUGUUUGAACGGAAUAUGAAGAGAUGGCCUUGGGCAAAGAAAGAGAAAGAAAAAAGAAGCGUGUUUCUAUGGCGUCGACCUGGUUUCUAUGGCGUCGACCUGGGUCUGUGUCUCUUUCAACGCUGUGUGAAUGGCGGAAGACCAUGAAUGUUUUUGUAAAUGUGUUGUAAAUGCUAGUCCUGCGGUGUGCGCCAAUUCUCUUUCCAAAUGAGCUUUUAGUUAAAUAGGAUUCUUAUAGCUGUUAAUUAAAUACACAUUUGGGGAUGCGUUUGCCGCCUAUGAAUUUCACAAACACCAUUGACGGCAAAAAAAAGUGAAUAACAUAACACUAAAUAUAUCCUUUCAAGAAGGCAAAUAGUGUUCAUGGGUAAUAUACUUUUUAAUGGAGAGGAAAGAGAAAAAAGCCCCUAAAAGAACUGUAUGCCAGUGGUAAUUGUCAUUAAGCAAGAAGAGACUGUUUAUGGGUUAUAGUGUUAGUUAUUUGUGAAGUGUUUGACUGUACCCCUCCUCUCCUCUCCAUCCCCCCUCAGAUCCGAGCAAUGCACUGGCCAGGUGGAGGUCGUCAGAUCCCCUACUCCAUCUGCAGUCACCCCUGCCAGGCCGGAGAGCGCAAGAAGGUAGUGAAGGGCAUCCCUUGCUGCUGGCACUGCGAGCGCUGCACUGGCUACCAGUAUCAAGCAGACACCUACAGCUGCAAGAUGUGCCGCUUUGACCUGCGUCCCAACGAGAACCAUACGGCCUGCCGUCCCAUCCCCAUCAUCAAGCUGGAGUGGAGCUCCCCCUGGGCCGUCAUCCCUGUCCUCAUCGCUGUGCUGGGCAUCAUGGCCACUCUGUUCGUGGUGGUCACCUUCAUCCGCUACAAUGACACGCCCAUCGUCAAGGCGACGGGCCGCGAGCUCAGCUACGUUCUGCUGACUGGUAUCUUCAUGUGCUACGCCACCACCUUCCUCAUGAUUUCUGCCCCUGAUGUUGGAAUCUGCUCCCUCAGACGGAUCUUCCUGGGUCUGGGGAUGAGUAUCAGCUACGCAGCCCUGCUCACCAAGACUAACCGCAUCUACCGCAUCUUUGAGCAGGGAUCCAUGUCGGUGAGUGCCCCCAGGUUCAUCUCCCCAGCCUCCCAGCUGGUCAUCACCUUCAGUCUGACUUUGGUGCAGCUACUGGGGGUGUGUAUCUGGUUCGGUGUGGACCCGUCUCAGGCCAUCAUCGACUACGAGGACCAGCGCACGGCAAAUCCGGACAUGGCCCGUGGCGUGCUCAAAUGUGACAUCUCCGACCUUUCUCUGAUCUGCCUGCUGGGCUACAGCAUGCUGCUCAUGGUCACCUGCACGGUGUACGCCAUCAAGACCCGGGGGGUGCCGGAGACCUUCAACGAGGCCAAGCCCAUCGGCUUCACCAUGUACACCACCUGUAUAGUCUGGCUGGCCUUCAUCCCAAUCUUCUUUGGCACCUCCCAGUCCACAGAGAAGGUAAGAUCUGGCUGGCCUUCAUCCCAAUCUACUUUGGCACCUCCCAGUCCACAGAGAAGGUAAGAUCUGGCUGGCCUUCAACCCCAUUUUCUUUGGCACAGCCCAGUCCACAGAGAAGGUAAGAUCUGGCUGGUCUUCAACCCCAUUUUCUUUGGCACAGCCCAGUCCACAGAG